GGCGGUGGAGCCAGGCCCCCUCCUCCUUCCGCGGCCGGCCUCUUUCCUCGCCGCCCCACGCUCCCGGCCGCUCCGACGCCGCCGCUCCCGCGUGCCGCCAGCGCAGUCCCCGCGGGAGCCCCGAGCCAGCGUCCCGGGCCGCUCGCCCCGCUCGCCCAUCCCGCCGCGCCGCCGCCGCCAUGCCCUCGGCCAAACAAAGGGGCUCCAAGGGCGGCCACAGCGCCGCGAUCCCCUCGGACAAGGGCGCCCACCCGUCGGGCGGCGCGGAUGACGUGGCCAAGAAGCCGCCGCCGGCGCCGCAGCAGCCGCAGCCGCCCGCGCCGCACCCGCAGCAGCAGCAGCAGCAGCACCCGCAGAAUCAGGCGCACCGGGGCGGCCACCGCGGCAGGUCCUCGGCCGCCACCGCCGCGUCCUCGGCGUCCUGCUCGCGCAGGCUUGGCCGGGUGCUCAACUUUCUCUUCUACCUCGCCCUGGUGGCGGCGGCCGCCUUCUCUGGCUGGUGUGUCCAUCACGCCCUGGAGGAGGUCCAGCAGGUCCGGCACGGCCACCAGGACUUCUCCCGUCAGAGGGACGAGCUGGGCCAGAGCCUGCAGGGCGUCGAGCAGAAGGUACAGUCCCUGCAGGCCACAUUUGGGACGUUCGAGUCCAUCCUGAGAAGCUCUCAGCAUAAACAGGACCUCACAGAGAAAGCUGUGAAGCAAGGGGAGAGCGAGAUCAACCGCAUCAGUGAAGUUCUGCAGAAGUUGCAGAACGAGAUCCUCAAAGACCUGUCGGAUGGGAUCCAUGUGGUGAAGGAUGCCCGAGAGCGGGACUUCACAUCCUUGGAGAACACGGUCGAGGAGCGCCUGACCGAGCUCACCAAGUCCAUCAACGACAACAUCGCCAUCUUCACCGACGUACAGAAGAGGAGCCAGAAGGAAAUAAAUGAUGUCAAGGUAAAGGUUGCCUCCCUGGAGGAGUCCAAGGGCGAUCGCAGCCAGGACCUGAAAGCUCUGGAGAAAGCCCUGAAGGAGGUGCAGGCCUCUGUGAAGUCCAGGGAGAGGGACAUCGAGGCCCUGCAGAGUUCCCUCCAGACCAUGGAGUCCGAUGUCUACACUGAGGUCCGGGAGCUGGUGAGCCUCAAGCAGGAGCAGCAGGCAUUCAAGCAGGCGGCGGACUCUGAGCGCCUGGCUUUGGAGGCCCUCACAGAGAAGCUUCUGCGCUCCGAGGAAUUCUCCUCUCGCCUCCCAGGGGACAUCAGGAGACUGGAGGAGGAGCUGCAGCAGCUGAAGGCUGAGGCCCGUGGGCCAGAGGAGGCCGUUGCCUUCAAAGACUCCAGACCCUUCGAUGAACUCCAGAGGCAGAUUGAGGGCCUUGGUGCCAGGCUCCAGUACGUAGAGGACGGAGUCUACUCCAUGCAGGUGGCUUCUGCGCGCCACACGGAGAGCCUGGAAUCGCUCCUGUCCAAGAGCCAGGAGUACGAGCAACGCCUGGCCGCGCUGCAGGAUCACCUGGAAAGCCUGGGGUCCUCCUCGGAGCUGGCCAGCACAGUGAGGAGCCUGGGCGAGGACCAGCUGACGCUGGCCAGCGACGUGAAGGAGCUGCGGCAGAGCAUGGACCAGCUCCCCAGCACUGUGCAGUCUCUGCAAGAAAGGGUGCACUCACUGCUUAGCCAGGACCACGCCCAGGCCACGCCUCCUCAGGACUUGGUGGACAGGCUCUCCUCCCUGGACAACCUGAAGUCCUCGGUGAGUCAAGUGGAGUCAGACUUGAAAAUGCUCAGGACUGCCGUGGACAGUUUGGUUGCCUACUCCGUCAAAAUCGAGGCGAACGAGAACAAUCUGGAGUCAGCCAAGGGCUUGCUGGAUGAUCUGAGGAACGACGUUGACAGGUUGUUUGUGAAAGUUGAAAAGAUUCAUGAGAAAAUAUAAAUGAACUGCUUGUGCAGGGCACAGAUUUAUAGUCCAGUUUCUUA